AUGAAGAAGCCGGGGAAGUUUGCAAACUCGUCGUUUCACAAGGAAGGCCGUGUCGUGAACAAUGAGCCUCCGAAGAAGCCGACAACCCCAAAAGAUGAGUUUUUCACGGAGCUCGUGAAAACCGGCAGACCCAAUUGGAAAAAGGCCCCAACAGCAGUGAAACAACAAUACAAUGGUAUCUUUUUGAUCCUUUUCUCCAUUCCCAUCAUGGCACUCUCUGGCUGGGAGCUUUAUAGAAGAGUGGAGGGCAAGUCCACCAAAAAGGUUCAGGAAGGUGAGAUCGUCCAGGGUAAGGAAGUGAGGAAGUUUGGGGAGGCGGAAAAAUGGCAGAGGGAGAAGGACAGUGUCUUGUACAAGAUCUUUGGUCGUGACUUCUUCUUGGACGGCUUUACCAGUAAAACCAUGAAGCGUGACGACAAAAAGGAGGACGAGAAAUAG